AUGGACACCAACUGGUUGUACGUGCUAUUGCAAAAGAGUACAGCGGAUCCGUUGGAACGGCUAAAGCUCGGAAAUGUGAUACUGAACGAGAUCUCCCAACGAAAAGUGUCACCACACCCAAAACUGGUCAAUGACUUCCUUGACGUCAUGUCCGGCUGGCUGACCGGCAGCAAUUUUAAGGUAACGAUAAUUGGUCUAGAAAUCCUGGAUGCCGCUCUCCGAACGUCUCCAGAAGUACUGGCUAGCUACUACUUUGAUAGGUUGUCAGUGUUAAUUGAGAGAAUGGGAGAUGCGAAAGUGCAAGUUCGGGAAAUGGCCAUUAACUUGUGUAGACAAUUGGCUUAUUUGGAAAAUUCGUCGCCGGUGAUGCUCCUCGACCGAUUAUGUGUGCAUGGAACAGGAUUUGAGCAUAAACAGUGGCUAGUGAAAGUUGGAUCAUUGAAUAUUUUGAGAGAUUUUUUGAGUGACAGUUUCGCAUUGGUAAUCCCCCAAGCCAUCAACCUGAUUCCCCAACUAUGCCGUCUGACGAACGAUCCGAAUUCUGAAGUCCGUGAUGCAUCAACAAAUUGUUUGGUGGAUCUGAUGGUGUUCGGUGGAAAGUCAAUAAUUGCAAAAAUCGCAAAUACAAGGAUUUUAAACGAGCAAAAAAUGGCUACACUCCUCCAACGCUAUGAAUCCACGAUAGCUACUCGAGGAGACCUCCCUCCGAAACACUCAAUCCCCAUCGAAACGUCCUCCAUCCCAAGGAACAACCUCCUCCGCCGCUCUCUACGCUCACCCGCAAAAAUCAUUCAUCCAUCUGCCUCAACAACCUCAUUCACAUCAUCCGCUCGUCUUUCAACGCCUCCGAGAACCAAUGCUCCAUCAUUGUCCCCCUCUCCUUCAACUCCAUCUCCUUUAUCUCUUCCGGCGGCUAAUGGUCGGUCAAGAGACUUGGCUAGGAGCUCUCUUCGAGCACCUGCUGGGAUGUCCUUGUCCAGAUAUCGAAGCUCGAGUUGUGCGCCAGCAGCUCAAUGUGCAAUUACUCUUGAUGAUUUUAAGAAGGCUUUCAAUGCAGUCCCCAAAAUUUCCAUCUACUCCAAUUCUGACGUUCGUGAGAAGCUUGAAACCGCAAAUUCGGUACUCCGAAACGCCAACGAGGACUGGAGCAAGCGGGCCAAUCAGCUGAAACUGAUAAGAUCGGUGAUUCUGAAUUCCGACGACUCCAUAGAUCAACGUCUUCUACUUUCGUUGAUCAAUGAGUUGGCAGAUGCCCUGGAAUUUUCGAUUCGAGAUUUGAGAUCGCAGAUUGUUCGAGAAGCCGCUAUAACCUGUAGUUUCUUGUUUGAACAUUUUGGCAUGGAUGUGAGGAAUGUGGCUGAAUGCGUCCUGCCUGCAGCACUAGCUCAAGUGGCAGUCAGUACCAAAAUCAUGGCUUCAAGUGCGGCAACAUUGACAGUUUUUAUUGUGCAGAAAAUCCAAACCCGCCAAAUCUUCCAAACCCUUUUCGAUCUUUCAACCUCAAAAUCCAAGGAACAAAGACGUCAACUUGCUAACCUUUUGGAAACUCUAAUCUCCUCCUGGGACCUUAAAGUCAAACAACCGAUUUUGAAAUCGAUUUCUCAGCUUGUGCAGAAUGCGAUUUGCGAUGCUGAUGGAGAGACUCGAGUGGCUGGGCGGAAGGCGUUUGCAAAGUUGGAGCAGUUGCAUGGAGCAGCGGCGGAUCAGAUUUUUAGGGAACUAGACCCGGCCAAACAAAAAAUGCUUCGCGACGGCGUCUCAUCCUCCUCAUCAAGUCUCAACAGCGAUCGAGACAAUAACAAUCAAAAGCAACCACAGCAGCCACAACAGAAUAUUAGUCAAAAGUUUUUAUCCCAACGAUCCGCAUCUGCACUGGACAAUAAAUCUCAAGUGUUAUCCAUUGCUAAGCCACAACAAUCCAAUCCAUCUAGACCCACUGCGAUGCCAGUGAAUAAUCGACUUCCAAAGUCUUCAACGUCUUCUAGCUUUUCAGCUGUCAGAUCCAGUGGCUAUGGUCAAUCGAGAGCUAAGACGCCGAGUGACGGGUUUGGAGGCACCAACUUCAACAAUAACAACAACAACAACAACAAAUCGUCAAGCUCCUCCCCCUCAACCUCCACACAUCAGACCCCCAUCCAACGCGUUGCUUCAAAUCUCGGAAGUUCCUCUUUCGUAGCUUCACUAACUCAAGAGCAAGCGAGUAGCCUUCAAAACGCAAUGGAUUUGGCGAAAGACGAAAUGUCGAAAAACAACGAAGACGAUGAGUUUUUGCUAGCGGAAGUUCGCAAAACGCCACCCAAGGAGACAUCACCACCAGCGUCGCUUUAUGCCCGUGGCUAUGGGAACGGAUCAAAUGGCUCCAAUAACUCUUCCAACAACUCUAUCCAAAGCGUCGAACACAUUCUCAAAGCAUGCACCAGCUCGUCAAUCAAUGAAAAGCGAGAUGCUAUCAUCUCCCUGUCACAAAAACUCCUUGAUCGGAAUUUGGAUUCUCUAGAAUGCAAAAAUAUCGGGGACACCUUAUCACGUCUUCUAGCUGAAGGAAACACUACUCUCAUCAUUUCGAUUCUGGAGACCAUCUCAAUUUUCGUCAAAUGCCACUAUAAGAAACUUGAUGGCUGGCUAAAACUUGCCCUAGGCAAGCUUUUCGCCAAGAUGGGCGCUGAUUCACUUCCUAAUGUAAAAUCCGCUCUUUCCUCAACCCAAAAAAUGUUCCUAACCACGUUCGACCCAUCUACUCAACUCAAGGAGGUUUGCGAUUUUAUGUGUGAUCCUGUGCAUCUUUUGGCACCGAAAUCCAGGCUAGCGUUGCUCGAAUACAUUUGCCUUUUGUUCGAGGAGAUCUGGCCGGAGGAUCCGAGAUGUUUGGAGAGGCAGACACAAUUGGAUACACCUUAUACACGUGCGGCGGUGAGGAAGAUGUUUGCGUGGAUGUUUGAUCCAAGGAUCGGAGCUAUUUUGAUGCCGGCUUGUGAACGUCUUGUAUGCGCUCUCUUCGCUCUGAACGCAGCCGAUUUCACCAUGAUUUUUGGCGAUCUCCCACCAGAAUGCCGCGAUUGGGCCUACCGUAUUCUCCAACUCAACGGUCAGCAACAAAGUGCUCAACGACAGCAAAUUAUGGAGAAAGAGGCAAUUACCAUGACCAACAACAACUACAAGCCAUGUCCGCCGGAAGUAGAGAAGUUCGAAAAAGUCUCGGUGAAGGCUUCAUUCUCUACCUAUGAGGCUACUCGAGUCCCUGAGCCUCAAGACUACCGUAAACCUACAGUACACCUUGCCAAAAAUCAUGUGGAACAGGCCGCCUACAUUCGGAAUCAGAUGGAUUUGAUGAGAGAUUUCCAAAAGCCAGAUAGGGUAAACGAGGCGAUGGCAAAUCUUCAUGGCAUGAUGUGUGAGGGAUCGUUCACACUUUGGAAUCAGUUUUUCGAUGAGUUGUUGGAUGAGAUUUAUCAGAUUCUCUCCACACUAUCCCAAUCAAUUCGGAAGAAGCUCGCCAUGCGAAUUCUCCAAAAAAUGUGCACCGCGCAAGCCACCAAGCUCUUCGACUCCACAGAAAUCGCCAUUUCAAAGGUGCUCCAAUGCGCUUGCACUUCAGAAGACAAUACGAUGAGUGUGGCAGCCGAAGACUGUCUUCGAAUUCUUGCCACACAUCUUCCACUGCCACGUAUCGUUCAAAUCUCCAGAAGAAUUCUGUCUCAGGAUGACGAUGAUCAACGAGGAGUGCUGAUUCUGAAGAUGUUGACUAGAAUGUUCCAGGACAUUGAUGUCGACGAAUUGCACAUGAUUGUUGAUGACGUGGCGCCAUGUUUUGUGUCUGCCUACGAUUCGACGUCUUCUUCAGUCAGGAAAUGUGCCGUUUUUGGACUUGUUGCAUUGGUACAACGCGUUGGGAUGCCCAGAUUGGAGACGCAUUUGAGAAAAUUGAAUGCGACAAAGCUCAACUUGAUCGAUUUGUAUGUGGGCCGAGCCAAAUCUAGCGAGUCUGGAACUUCUUCAAAUUGA